AUGGCAUCACAUGCUCAUGAAGAUAAAUUACUGAUUCACUUCUUUCAAGACAGUUUAGUUGGGGCAGCUUUAAGUUGGUAUAUGCAUUUGGAGCGUGGUCGUAUUCGUUGUUGGAAGGACUUAGCCGAUGCUUUCUUGAAACAAUAUAAAUACAAUAUUGAUAUGGCUCCUGAUAGGCUGCAGCUGCAAAACAUGAUUAAGAAGGAAAAUGAGUCAUUCAAAGAGUAUGCGCAAAGGUGGCGAGAACUGGCAGCUCAAGUAGAGCCUCCCCUACUAGAGAAAGAAAUGGUAGCUAUGUUCAUUGAUACUCUCCAAUCACCCUUCUAUGAUAGGAUGAUUGGAAGCGUAUCAUCAAACUUUUCAAACAUUGUAAUCAUAGGGGAGAGGGUAAAAAGUGGCAUGAGGACAGGAAAAAUUCCUAACAGUUUUGUCAGAGUGGCCAACACAAAAAAACCUCAGUUUGGAAUGGAGUUAUUACUUCGCCUAUUCCAAAGUCCACUAGUUAUACCAUGUCCAAUGAAACCUAUAGAACCAUCCUAUCCGAGAGGGUAUGAUUCAAAUGCCAAGUGUGAGUAUCAUGCUGGUGCCAUUGGUCAUUUGACAGAAAAUUGUCGGGCACUGAAGUUCAAAGUGCAAGACUUAAUCAAUGCCAAAUGGCUGAAUUUCAAGGAGAAUACUCCUAACAUUGGGAAUAAUCCUCUGCCUGGACACGGAGGAUCAUUAGUAAAUGUCAUAAAAGAAGAGUCUGCCUACAUUUUAAAGAGGAAAGUUGAAGAGGUUACAACUCUUCUGAAAGUUAUCUUCGCUGAAUUGUGCAAGGCUAACAUGAUUAAGGGUUUUGUUCAUGAGGAAAGUAUGUGUGAUAUGCACCCUGAUGCAAGCCACUCCAUUGAGAAUUGUCAAGAAUUCAAGCAUGCUCUACAAACCCUGAUGGACAAACAUUUGGUCCAAAUUGGGUGUCCCAAAGAGAAAAAUGAAGUUUUAGUUAUUGAUGGACAGCCUCCAGCCUUCCCAAAACCCUUAGUCAUUCAUUAUAGCAAAAGUGUGAAUACUCCAACCCCUAAUGGACCUAGACCCAUCACUAUACAAGUACAAGCUCCGUUUCCUUACAAGGAUAACAAAGCAGUGCCCUGGAGGUAUGAUGCGAGAGUUUUUGUUGAUAAUCAGAAAAGAGACCAAACAAAAGGUGUCAGCUCUAAUACCUUUGCCAUUUCAAAUAUAGCUAGUGUUGGAGGGAUGACCCGAAGUGGUCGUAUAUAUACACUUGAAAAUUUGAGAAAAGAGCAGACAAGAGAAAUGGAGAGAUCUUCAAAAGGGAAGGCCAAAUUGGGAGACUCUGGAGAUAUGAAUGAAGGGAAAAUGCUUGAAAUAAAGAAGGCGGUAUCUGAUGAAGAGGCUUAUGAAUUUUUGAAGUUUAUUAAGCAAAGUGAAUAUCAAGUUGUGGAGCAGUUAAAUCGCACUCCAGUUAAGAUAUCUCUUCUAUCCCUGCUACUAAAUUCUGAGCCACACAGGAAGAUAUUAAUGAGGGUGCUAAAUGAAGCACAUGUCAAUCAUGACAUAACUAUUGACAAGUUUGGGGGCAUUGUCAGUAAUAUUGCUUCAAAUAACUAUCUCACUUUCACUGACGAUGAAGUACCUGCUGAAGGAACGAGACACAAUAAAGCACUGCAUAUUUUUGUGAAGUGUCAAGAUCAUAUCAUUGCUAAAGUGCUUAUUGAUAACGGGUCCUCUCUAAAUGUGAUGCCAAAAAUGACAUUGUCAAAAUUACCAUGUGAUGGGUCGCAUAUGAAACCCAGUGCCAUGAUAGUGAGAGCCUUUGAGGAAACAAGGAGGGAGGUCAUUGGAGAAAUUGAAAUUCCAAUUCAAAUUGGUCCUUGCACUUUUCAAAUCCUGUUUCAAGUAAUGGAUAUUACACCAGCUUAUAGCUGCCUGUUAGGGAGGCCUUGGAUUCAUUCUACUAGAGUUGUUCCAUCUACAUUGCACCAAAAGUUAAAGUUUAUUAUUGACAACAAGCUGGUAAUUGUCUCUGGUGAAGAUGAUAUGUUAGUGAGCAAGCCUUCGUCCACUCCUUAUAUUGAAGUUGCUGAGGAAGCUCUGGAGAUUGCUUUUCAAGCUUUAGAGAUUGCAAAUGCUACUUAUGUUGGGGAAGGAGCUCCAAUCAUGAAGCCUCAGUUAUCCAAUGCAUCCAUAAUGACUGCUAAAGUCAUGCUUAAUGGAGGUUGUCAAUAUGGAUAUGGGUCAGGACAAAUUAUGUCAAAACUAGCAAAAUGGCCACAGCUCUAUGAAAACAAGGAUAGGUUUGGGCUGGGGUUCACACCUACCAAAGCUGAUAAGAAAAGAGUUAUAGAGGAGAAAAAAGAAAGAAGAACAGCUAGGUUGGAGGGUAGAGAGCCAAACACUAAAGGGGUCCCUAUCUGUGAUCUUCAAAAAAGUUUCUACAGUGCCGGGUUUGAAUUUCAAGAUUCAGUGGCUGUUGCUGAUGAAGAGGAACCUAAAGAAGAAGUUGUCAACCUAGUCCGCAUUUGUCUGCUGAACACUGAAAUCGAAAAUUGGAAGAUCAUCGAGCUUCCCGUAGUCUUUAAUGCUUAUUCAAAAUUUGAAAGUGACAUGCUUGAAAGUAACAAUGCUAGUAUUUCAUCAAAUAAUUUUGAUUGCCCAAUUAAUCAAACUGACGAAGAUGAUGAUAGUGGUUUUGAAUUAUCUUCAGAAAUGUUAAGAUUAGUCAAGCAAGAAAGGAAAGUCAUCCAACCUCAUGAAGAGCCAACUGAGACGAUUAAUCUGGGGACCGAAGAAGAUAAGAAAGAGGUUAAGAUUGAUAUGCCAGGUCUUGAUAUUGGCAUAGUUGAGCAUCAGAUGUCUUUGAAACCAAAAUGUCCUCCAGUUAAGCAAAAGUUAAGAAGAAUGAAGCCUGAGAUGUCUCCAAAGAAAGAUGGGAAGGUUCGAAUGUGUGUUGAUUACAGAGAUCUAAAUAGAGCCAGUCCUAAAGAUGAUUUUCCGUUACCUCACAUUGAUGUAUUAGUAGAUAACACAGCCCAACAUUCAUUAUUCUCUUUCAUGGAUGGUUACUCAGGCUAUAAUCAGAUUAAAAUGGCUGAAGAAGAUAUGGAGAAGACCAUGUUUAUUACACCUUGGGGCCCUUUUUGCUAUAGAGUCAUGCCAUUCGGAUUAAAAAAUGCUGGGGCAACAUAUCAAAGAGCAAUGAUCACUUUAUUUCAUGAUAUGAUGCACAGGGAGGUCGAAGUCUAUGUGGAUGACAUGAUUGCCAAAUCGACAAAUGAAGAAGACCAUGUGACUAAUUUGCAUAAGUUGUUUGAGCGAUUAAGAAAAUUCAAGUUGAGAUUGAACCCAACUAAAUGCACUUUUGGUGUGAAAUCAGGAAAAUUGUUAGGAUUUAUAGUCAGUCAAAAAGGAAUUGAGGUUGACCCUCAUAAAGUAAAGGCAAUCAAUGAAAUUUUGCCUCCCUGCACUGAAAAAGAGGUCUGUGGAUUCUUAGGGAGAUUGAAUUACAUUGCCCGAUUCAUAUCCCAAUUAACUACUACUUGUGAACCAAUCUUCAAACUGUUGCAGAAAAAUCAAUCAAUGGAGUGGGAUGUUAAUUGUCAAGAAGCAUUUGAGAAAAUUAAGCAGUAUUUACAAAAUCCACUGAUUUUGGUGCUACCAGUUCCAGGGAAACCGCUCAUCAUGUAUUUGACAGUCUUGGAAGGAUUUAUGGGAUGUGUUUUAGGUCAACAUGACGAAUCUGGCAGGAAAGAACAUGCCAUUUACUACUUGAGCAAGAAAUUCACUGAUUAUGAAGCAAAAUACUCAUUACUGGAGCGUACCUAUUGUGCCUUGGCUUGGAAAGCGAUCAAAGACAAUGCUCUUGCUGAUUUUCUAGCUCAACAACCAAUAAAUGAUUAUCAGUUAAUGCAAUGUGAAUUUCCUGAUGAAAGUAUAAUGAUGUUGUUUGAAGAGAAGGGAUCUUCGAGGAAAGAAGAAUGGGUCAUGAUGUUUGAUGGUGCUUCUAAUAAGCUUGGACACGGGAUUAGAGCUAUACUGAUUUCUCCUAAGAAGCGAUAUAUCCCAAUCACAGCUAGAUUAUCAUUUGAUUAUACAAAUAAUAUAGCUGAAUAUGAGUUGAAAGGGGAAUGGGAGACUCGAGAUGCAAAGUUGAUUCCUUACCAAGCCUAUAUCAAAGAAUUGAUAGAGUAUUUUGAUGAGAUUACCUUCCAACAUAUCCCUCGUGAAGAUAAUCAACUAGCUCAUGCUUUAGCCAAUUUGUCAUCAAUGUUUGUAAUAAGUCAAAAUGAGGAUAUGCCACUUAUAAAGAUGCGACAACAUGAUCGGCCGGCUUACUGUCAAAUGAUCGAAGGGGAAUCUAAUGGUAAACCAUGGUACCAUGAUAUUAAGAGUUAUCUGAAAAAUCAAGAGUACCCAUUGAAUGCUACUGAUAAUGACAAAAGAACACUGAGGAGACUAGCAAUGAGUUUCUUCUUAAAUGGAGAAGUGCUCUAUAAAAGGAAUCACGACAUGGUAUUGCUCAGAUAUGUGGAUGAUUCAGAAGCACAAAAGAUCAUGGAAGAGAUUCAUGAAGGUUCUUUUGGGACCUAUGCCAAUGGACACGCCAUGGCAAAGAAAAUUCUAAGGGCUGGGUAUUACUGGUUGGCGAUGGAGACCGAUUAUUUUCAACAUGCAAAGACGUGUCAUAAAUGUCAGACAUAUGCUGAUAAUGUUAAUGUUCCCCCGACAACUUUAAAUGUUUUGUCAUCACCAUGGCCAUUCUUAAUGUGGGGGAUAGAUGUCAUCGGACCCAUUGAACCUAAAGCUUCUAAUGGUCACCGCUUCAUUCUUGUUGCUAUUGACUAUUUUACAAAAUGGGUUAAAGCUGCCUCAUAUGCUAGUGUAACUCGAAAUGUGGUGGUGAAGUUCAUUAAAAGAGAUUUGAUAUGUCGUUAUGGCACUCCGAGCAAGUUGAUAACAGACAAUGGCACUAAUCUGAACAAUAAAAUGAUGAAAGAAUUGUGUGAUAACUUCAAGAUUCGACAUCAUAAUUCCUCCCCGUAUCGCCCAAAGAUGAAUGGAGCGGUUGAAGCAGCAAAUAAAAAUAUUAAGAAGAUCAUUCAGAAGAUGGUGGUGACAUACAGGGACUGGCAUGAAAUGUUACCUUUUACCUUACAUGGAUAUCGAACUUCGGUCUGUACAUCAAUUGGGGCAAUUCCAUACUCUUUGGUAUAUGGAAUGGAAGUAGUACUCCCUAUUGAGGUUGAAAUUCCCUCUUUAAGAGUGUUAAUGGAGACUAAAUUGGAUGAGGCAGAAUGGGUUCAGUCUCGUUUUGAUCAAUUAAAUCUCAUUGAAGGAAAGCGGUUGAAUGCAUUAUGUCAUGGUCAGCUGUACCAAAAAAGGAUGAAAAAAGCUUUUGACAAAAAAGUUCGUCCAAGAGAAUUCGUUGAGGGAGAUAUGGUACUCAAAAAGAUUUUACCGACACAUAAAGAUCAUCGUGGCAAGUGGUCUCCAAACUAUGAAGGACCCUAUGUGGUGAAAAAGGCGUUCUUGGGAGGAGCUUUGAUCCUCACAAACAUGGAUGGAGAAGAUCUUCCAAACCCCAUGAAUUCUGAUGCGACGCUGAAACAGAAGCUUCCUGAUCAGCAACUCAUGUUCUUUUGUUACUUCCUGAUUUCCCUCAAAGCCACCGUCCCUGGCCUGAAUUGGUGCAGCUUUUUCAUGCCGCAGGUCGCCGGAGCUAAUUUUCUCGCCGCUUUAGUGGCAAGUUGCUUCCUUGGCGCCUUCCCUCCGAUGGACUUGCGUGUGAUACCACAUGAUGUGAUCCUUGAAGCUUUCUUCAAGAAUGACCAAGAGAUAGGACCAUCCAAGAGACCUUCAGCUAUGGUUUGA